AUGCCGACCCUUCGAGGACACUGCAACUGCGGCGCGCUCGAGUACCAGCUCGAUGCUACUCCCGCCAACCUGCGCCUCUCAGCCUACUGUCACUGCACUCGCUGCCAACGAAUCAAUGGUGCACCCUACAUCUGGACCACUCAUUGGAAGAAAGAGGCUAUCACAUGGUCAUCCCCUGCCUCCUCUCCGUCGACCCAGAAGCAAGUCGAUGCGCGAGUGCAGCACGUGAUGGGUAGCUCUGUCACCACUGCGCAGCUGUACGAGUCUGUACCCGGUCGCAAGUUCAGACUGCGCUGCUCUGAGUGUGGUAAUCCAAUGGGCUCAUGGAAUGACGCCAAGCAGCAAUGGUCGAUCUCGCCCAGCACGCUCGCUCGUCCUGAGGACGACAAGACCGGCAUUCCAGGAACGGAAGCUUUCCCUGCUACAGCGCACAUGUUCUAUGGACCUGGUAGGAUAGCUACUGUCACUGACGAUUUGCCUAAGUUCGCCGGCUACCCGAACGAGUCCCAGCAAGUGGACAGAAACGCAGAGCCAUUGCCAGCCAAUUUCAACAUCAAUGACUUCAAUCCACAUGACCCGCGAGAGAUGGUCGGAUACGGGCCGAAUCCUCCUCAUCCACAGUGGCCCAACAAUGCACGAAUCGCAGUCUCUUUUGUACUCAACUACGAAGAAGGCGGUGAGAACCUUACUCUCAACGGCGAUCAGUACGCAGAGCAGUACCUGACCGAAUACGGUGCUGCUAACGGAUCCAAGCCUCCAGGCAACAUCCGCAACUUGAGUGUCGAGUCGGCAUACGAAUUCGGCUCACACCGUGGGUUCUGGCGCAUCUUGGACCUCUUCACACGGAACAACCUUCGUUUCACAAGCUGGUCCGUUGGUCGAGCAGUCGAACAGAACCCUGCAGUAGUCAAAGCGAUGGAAGAAGCAGGCUGCGAAGUCGCCAGUCACUCUUAUCGAUGGUUCGACCACUCUCUGAUGUCACAGGAGGAAGAGAGAGCUCAGAUCCAAGCUGCAAUCCGUGCAAUCAGGAACGCUUCCUCCCGCUCAAGGGAGCCGAGGGGAUGGUACACCGGCCGACAAUCUAUCAACACGCGUCGACUCGUCUACCAGACGUACAAAGAACUUGGUCUGCACAACGAGCUAUACGACUCGGAUGCCUACGAUGAAGAUCUUCCCUACUGGGUUCCUGCCCCUGAUGGCACACCGGGCGAGCAUCUGCUCGUAGUACCCUACACGUUGGACAACAACGAUAUGCGAUUUGCAAUCACUCCGGGCUUCUUCAACUCCGAGUCCUUCGCUACGUACCUCAUCGAUGCAUUCGAGACAUUGGUCGCUGAGACACACUUGCCAAAAGAUAACCCAAACUCAGUGCCGAAAAUGAUGAGCAUUGGAUUGCACUGCAGAGUUGUCGGUAGGCCGGGCAGGUUCCAGGGAUUGCAGAGGUUUGUGGAUCAUGUGCAGAAGAGGAACAAGGAGUUGUUGGAGCAAGGCGGUGGUGGUGUUUGGGUUGCGACGAGGGAGGAGAUAGCCAACCACUGGAGGAAGACUCAUCCUGCUCCCAAGAGCUCAUAG